GGUGGGGUGAUGGAGGGGGAGGUAAGUGGGAUACUGGGGGCGACUGGAAGAUGGGUGAUUCAUCUGGCGGGGAUGCGGUCAAGCAGUCAUCUGGCAGCCCACCUAGGCAGGGAUGGGCAGAUACGGUUGGGUGGGACGCAGCCAAAAGCAGUAAACCUGGCGAGAGCGGGGACUCCUCGACAGCUUGGUGGAACUCCACAGACACGGGUGGUUGGGGCAAGCCUGGCCCCACCACUACCAAAAUCAAGUCUAACGAAAGUGAAGGUGACCGACCUCCGAAGCAAGAUGUCACUUCUACCAGAGCCAACGAGGCUCCUGUGUUCCAUGGUACUAUCUGGACGGACGACAAUUCUAGCAAUCAAAGCCCCACCUGGAGUAGUGGGCCCACAGGCAGUAACAACAGGAAGUCCAAGUUACCUCCACCCCUGGCAGAUACGGACCCCGGUACAGCUCCUGCACGAAAAAUCACGGGCACAAAUCAAGUAUCCCUAGGUGCCAAGAUAAAGUGGAGUGCCAAAGUUCCCCCCCACGAAGAUAUAGACAUGCAGGACUCAACUACUCCCCGCUGCGAUCCCGAAACUUCGAACGUUCCACCGCCACCGCCACCACUCAAUAUUCAACCGCCCUAUUCUGUUGUUGACGGGGAUACCCCGUUGACUCCAGCUGCUCCGGGUUCAGCUCUACCACUAGCCCCACCUCGUCCGAAGAGAAAGCGCGAGGGGUGGGAUGACAAGCGCGAAAUGUUUAAGGAAUACAUCAAGACUUGGGAACGUGCAGUCAGGGCCAAGUUUCAUCUCUCUGAGGCGGAACUAAACCGCGACCGUUGGUUCCGUACACGAAAGUCUCCAUGCUAUGCUCGCAUCGGCGAUGCCGGGAUCAACAUUCUGGAGUCGAAACGUGCCGAAUUUGACAGGGAGUAUUUUGGUCAGAGGGAAAAGCUAUCUCUUGCUGUCAAUGCGCUUGUGGACUACCAAGAGACUGUAAUGUCUGAUUUCGACCUCUCGCAACGGUAUGAUAUCGGUGAGGAGACUGAUAGGUUCAUAGCCGAGUCCACCGCGUAUGCGAGGCAGAUCCGCACUCUAAUCGAGGAGUUCAAGGAUCGUGAUGUUCCUAUGCGCGAUCCUAGCCCCUCAACGACAACCAACCUGCCCUCCACUGAGUGGGGAGCAUUGCAGAACCGGGCGGAGGAAAUGGAGGAGUCGCUCGAGCAGAUAGAAGCCGAGUUGACGCUGAGUCGACCGAUGGAUAUCAGAGAUAUAGUAGACAAGGUGCUCGACGCUAGGUUGUUCGAGCUGCGAGAAGCCCGCAAGCAAAACGUGCAAAAGAUAGCAGCUCGAGUCCGUCCAGACAUUGUCAUACCCCCCGACUCUAUCGAGAAAAUGGAGAACUGUGCAGACCAAUGGCGCGAGGUUGAAGGGAAGCUAUCGAAGACAAUCGAAGAUAUAAGUGGGCUUAUUGUGGGGAAUGCUCAAUUUAAAAGCAGACUCGAGCAACUGGAGAACGAAAAUGCCGAGCAUCGGGAGGCUCUCACGAAGCUGCAGGAUAAGUAUGCUGCAACUGAGGAGCUUCGGCGACAGAAAGAGAAGUUGCAAGAAGACUUGGAUGAGCUCAUGCACCAACCUCCGUUUGGUCCCUGUGCUCCUGUGGAAAGCACCUGCCAACAUUUGAUUGAAGAGCUGAAACCUGCGCUCAGUGCUCUCAUCCAGAAAUUUUACGAGCAAGAGAUUGUGCCUACUGUUAGAACGAUAGGCGAGGCUGUCAUGAAUGGGGUUUCCAAUGGUCACCAGACGGAGCUCUUCAGGCCCCAGGAGCAUUUGCACGUUUCUCCACAAGAUUAACCAUGCUCUCCAUUGAAUUUUGUAGUAUUAGUUCUAGUCGCAUAUGUUACUGCAUUCCUCCUAAAUUACACUACACAAGCUUCGUGCAUGACUUUGCU